CGUGAUAACUCUGUGAAAUAAAUUCAUGAAAUCGUAGCACGUGAGACCAGACAAAAUAUUAAAAAUAAUUCCUUCUUGAGUCGAUCAAAAAUACAUCUCAGAAUGUAAUUAAAAUAAUACCAUGCCAUCGAAUAAGAAAACCCUCCCAAUUUCCACUUUCUGUAAAAUCGUCCCACGUGACCUCUAAUCAAGCUAAAGAAAAUAAGUUAGCGAAAGCCAUCCGACAUCACCCAGCAAGCUCCCAUCAACCCCUCAUAAAACCAACGUCAAGCCUCCAAUUGAUAUCUUCACCCAUCAUGAACUCCAUGCGUUUUGCUCGCGCCGCUCUGCGGGUUCGUCCUAUGGCUUUGAAGGCCCCGGUCAUGCGCCGAGGGUAUGCUGAGGCUGUUGCGGAUAAGGUCGGGAAUUUCCGUUUUUGGGGUUUUGAAGUUUUGAGUUGGAUGGAUGGUGUGGAUUUGGGGAAGUUUGUGCUGACUUUUUUGGGUGUGCGGUAGAUUAAGUUGAGCUUGGCUUUGCCUCAUCAGGUAUGUUUGGUUUUGUUUUUGGGGUGUGGAGUGAGAGAGGGAGAGGGAGCGGGGUGGGAUGGGGUGAUGGGUGAUGGGUGAUGGAGGGGAGAGGAGGACACUCGAGGAGAGAUGGCAGAUGCGGAGAUGGGAAGAAGGUGACUAACAAGUAAAUUCGCAGUCUGUCUACAAGUCUCAAGAUGUCGUUCAAGUUAACAUCCCCGCCGAAUCCGGUGAAAUGGGUAUCCUCGCCAACCACGUCCCAUCCAUCGAACAAUUGAAGCCAGGUCUCGUUGAGGUUAUUGAGGAGAGUGGUGGAAGCAAGCAAUUCUUCCGUACGUCAUGCAACAAUCAUCCAGGAGAUAUUAUAAAAUAGGAGGAAACGAGAGGCUAAUAGGAUAUUGAAACAGUUUCCGGAGGAUUCGCAGUCGUUCAACCAAACUCUUCAUUAAGCAUCAACGCAGUAGAGGGAUUCCCAUUGGAGGAUUUCAGCGUAGAGGCAGUUAGGUCACAAAUUGCUGAGGCUCAGAAGAUUGCUGGAGGAAGUGGAAGUGAGCAAGAUAUUGCCGAGGCUAAGAUUGAGUUGGAGGUGAGUUUUGAUAUUCAGAUAUUGGGUAUGGAUAGAGCGAGGACUAAUGAUAUACAUCUAGGUUUUGGAGACCUUGCAAGCACAUCUCAAGUAGAGAAAUUGCUCUACCCUGGUGAUGCUUAGAUGAUAGAGACCUGCACAAUGUACAUCAGUGAACUAUUUUUUAUUGUGUUGUGUGAAAACUAGUAUCAUAGCUUUUUAAAUGGAACAAGCCUGGUCAAUUUUAUACCCUCAUCAACUAAGUCUUCAAUGGGAUUUUUACUACUGGUUGAUGGGCUGAAUGAUUGAGGGCGAACUAUUGAGGGCGAACUAUCAUGUACAAAUUUUGACAGGAUAGCUAUGCAUGUUGUGAAUACUAGGUAGAUAUUCGUUACUGGCCGUUCCUACCAUUUUGAGGUUGAGUCCUUCUCCGUGAGAGUCACU